CAUCAGUUCAGCCCGUGGAAGCAUUCGAGAGACGGACUCCAACCAUCAAACAAACCACGUGCAAACCUCCAACAACAACAGCAAUUUGGGAGACUUCGAAACCACAACAGCACCGCUGCAAGAAUAAAACAUGGCUGGACAACAGCCCGUCGCUACGGUUUACGUCCGGAAUUUGGAGGAGCGUGUCAAGCCCGAACCGCUCAAGGAGGCCCUGCGCGCCAUCUUUUCUGAGUAUGGCAACGUGAUUGACGUCGUGGCCAAGACAAAUCUCAAGGCCAAGGGUCAAGCAUUUGUCGUCUUCGACAAGCCCGAGUCUGCGCAGGCGGCGAUUGAGGACAUCCACGGCUUCGAGCUCUUCGACAAGCCGAUGCAGCUCGCCCUGGCGCGCACCCGAAGCGAUGCCACGGUGAUGCAGAAUGGCAACGAGGAGGAGUUUGACGCACACAAGCGCCGGCGCAUGGCCGAGAAGGACAAAAAGAAGGCCCUCGAGACCGCCGAAGAACAGAAGCGCCUCAAGCGUCCCAUGCCAGGCGCCGCCGCCGAAGUGGGCGCCCGCCCAGCCAAGAACGCCCGCGGCGCCGGUCUCAAGUCCACCGGAGCCGGCACCGCCGCCGUUGUGCCCGACGAGUACCUACCCCCCAACCGCAUCCUGUUCGUCCAGAACCUGCCCGACGACUUCGACAAGGACGCGCUCACGGGCAUCUUCGGCCGCUUCGAAGGCUUCCGCGAGGUCCGGACGGUGCCUGGCCGCAGCGGAAUCGCCUUCGUCGAAUACGAGGCCGAGGCGGGGGCUAUUACUGCCAAGGAGAACACGGCUAGCAUGCCGCUGAACAAUGGCGAAAAGAUAAUGAAGGUGACCUACCAGCGGCAGUAGAAUCCCUGUAUUCUAGAAAAGGGGUAUCGGUCCGGGAAGGGUUGUACUUUAGGUAAGGCGUUGGUUACGAUAAUUACAGAUUGCUGCUACCGUAGAUACCCAAUGCAAUAAAAGCAAGCAAGCAA